AUGGCAUCCACGAGCCUGACCAUUCCCAUCACUCCGCCCGGACAACAUCCUCCAUUGGCUGUAGUCACACCGACCGAUCACAGCGCUUGGAUCAUAAUCGCAGCAGCGCUAGGAACCUCGCUUUCCGUUUUGUUUCUUGGAAUAAGGGUGUUCAUUCGAUCAUCAGGUGGUAGUCGGCAUGGCCUGGACGACUGGCUUACGGCUGCAGCAACUGCUGUCUCCGUCGUUCAGUCUGGUCUUGUCUUGGCCGCUUGCCAUGCAGGGCUUGGCAAAUCUGCGAGUCUGUUAACAGCCGAGGAAAUUGUCUCGACCCAAAAAAUAUACUACGCUGGCAACCUGACUUAUGUUAUCGGCCUGGUCACGAGCAGAACGAUAGUGGCGUGCUUCAUACUGCGACUCACGCCCAUCAAAGCCCAUACUCUAUACCUGAAAAGCACGCUUGCAGCACUGAGCGUAUGGGGCGUCAUGUUCGUCUUCGGCCUGGCUUUGCAGUGCGAUCCGUCACACCCUUGGCUUCUUCGGGGUCGACAGUGCAGUGGUUACUUCGUGCUCUGGGUAGUGUUUGAGAGUAUAGGAUGUCUUUAUGAAGCGGCCGUUGUUGCCAUGUCGCUAUGGCUGGUCUGGUCGCUGAAGACGACUUUCAGCAAUAAAAUCACAGUCAUCAUUACGUUCGGCGCUCGACUGAUAUUGCUCGCCAUCGUGGCACUGAGACUGAAGAGCUUCAGUCGAAGUGGCCAAACGGACGACCCGACUCUGCUCGAAGCACAGUUCAUCGUCUGGUCAUCCACAGAGCUCAACUAUUCGAUCAUCGCAGCCACUUUCCCCAUCAUGCGACCUUUCAUCAACAAUCUCGCAACAAACUACGGCGGGCAAGGCUCGGUCGACAGUUACCACAGUUCCAGGGCACCGAGUAGGAUCCCCGAGUCCGAGUUGCGCCUCGACCAUGACAAGGCAGAGCGAAGGGGUUUUGAUCGCAGAUCAUCCAGUCUGCGGGAAUCGUCAAGUUCAUUGAAGACAAGCGUCGGCGAGCAACUUCUCGGGGGCGGGCUGCAGCCUGAUAAUGAAAGCGAAAGGUUUGAGGGUAACAGCCGUCGAUACCAGCAACAUUGA